AUCUUUUCUUGCUCUAGGUCGAAACUGGCCGGACUCAGGCUGCUGCUCAUUGAGCGCCAGAGGGGAUGUUAUGUCAAUACGCAGAGCUGUUAAGACCAGCCUUGGAGGCGUAGCUCUUCUCUUUCUGAGUAUCAGCAAGUGCAGAGCGAGGGACUGAUUCAUUUAAAGAGGGCGGAGGGCAGCGUGCACACGUUUCAGACGAUCGGAGUAGAAGUUAUCUAUCAGGUCACAACGACAACAGAUUUCUGAAGAAGAGACUGAAACGGAGGGGAAGGAAUUAAAAACAGGAUCUACCCUGGUCAGAGGUUAUCCGUGGUCCUCUCCCUGUGCAGAAAAAUGAGUCUGAGUACCAGUGAGCUGGAGGACCUCUGGGAGUCAAUCGGGGACUUCAACUUUUCCCUAACCUUUAGCAACAUAACCAGCGUGGAUGCAACGGUGUGCGCUACAGCAUUCAACCGCAGCGCUCUCCUCUACUCUAUGUGUGUCCUCUACACUUUCAUCUUCAUUGUCGGUCUUGCAGCUAACGCUCUGGUCCUCUGGGUAAACCUCCGUGCACAAAGAGACACCACCCCCCGCCAUGAGACGCACAUGUAUAUCGCUCACCUGGCAGUGGCAGAUCUGUGUGUGUGCGCCACCCUACCUGUGUGGGUGAGCUCACUGGCCCAGCAUGGGCACUGGCCUUUCGGCGAGGUGGCGUGUAAACUCACACACCUGCUGUUUUCCGUCAACCUCUUCGGUAGCAUCUUCUUCUUGGCCUGCAUGAGCGUGGACCGUUACCUGAGCGUGACGAAGCAAGGAGACAGCGAGGGAGGUGCCCGCAGGAAGCUAAUCCGCCGUGGAGUGUGUGUUGGAGUGUGGCUUCUGGCUCUUGUCGCCUCUCUCCCGGACACCUACUUCCUGCGUACUGUGAAGUCCACCCACGGGGACACCAUGCUGUGCAGGCCUGUGUACCCAGAGGACAACCCCAGGGAGUGGAUGGUGGGUGUGCAGCUGAGCUUUAUUCUGCUGGGCUUUGUUCUCCCCUUCCCUGUCAUUGCAGUGUUUUACGCCCUGCUAGCCAGCGCUUUCACCCGCUCCUCUUCUUCUUCACCCUCUUCCUCAGUGGAGCAGGAGCGUCGUGUGAGUCGCAGGGUAAUCCUGGCCUACAUUGUGGUGUUCCUGGGCUGCUGGGGGCCCUACCAUGCAGUCCUCCUGGCUGAUUCUCUGUCUCAGCUGGGCCUGGUGCCUCUGACCUGCGGCCUGGAGAAUGUGCUCUAUGUAGCCUUACACCUCACCCAGUGCCUGUCCCUGCUCCACUGCUGCUUCAACCCCAUCCUCUACAACUUCAUCAACAGAAACUACCGCUAUGACCUCAUGAAGGCCUUUAUCUUUAAAUACUCGACACGAACGGGCUUGGCCCGCCUCAUUGAGACAUCAAACAUGUCUGAGACAGAGUACACUGCUGUCGCUGUGGACAACCCACCACAGAUCUGAAAUUGACAGAACCAAAUAACUUUCUUGAACACUGUUUCUAAAUCUUAAAGAAUAGAAAGCAAUAUAAAUGUAUGUUACAUCCUGUUUGUUCAUAUUAGAUGCAGUCCACAAUCUGCAUUGUGUUUGACAUUAGAUGACAGUGAAAGAAAUCAAAUCCAGCAUCCUUUUCUGCCCGAAUCAUGUAGAGAGGCUUGAAGACCUGCUAAUAUCGACUUUGAUGAACUGAUUAAAAAGCACUUAGAAGGCAGUUUUAUUUUACCAGCUGUUACUUCAAUACUAAGAAUACUGUCAUUUUUAAAGCCAAAACAGUGAUUGUAAAUGUAAAAAAAAUCAUUGCCUGUCCAGCGAGUAUAAAUGUAUCGUGUUGAUGUAUGUGUUGUGUGAGUGGUGUACAUAAUGCAGCAGGUUAAGUAUUGUUAGUAGAGUAUUAUUGUUAAUCUUUUUUGUAUUAAGUUGUAUUUAUGUACUGUACAUUUGAACUGUUUCGCCUCCUUCAUGUUGUUACUCAAAGUCUUCACACACUGAUGGCUGCUCAGAGCUCUGCUUCAGACGACGCUGCCUCAUGACGUCAGUCGAGCCACGGACACGCUCAGUUUUUUAGUCCUGCUGUUUCAUCAUAACUCUAACCUCAUUUUGAGUCAGUUGAAUCCAUCAGACAAAUAAUUUAAAUAUAUUUAGUUGUGUCGAAGGGUUAGAAAAGAAGACUGAUAACGCUGCUUAGGUAUACAGCAAUAGCAAGCUAGCUUAAGCGUUAGAUUAUUUUAAAGGGUGAAAAAAGCUGGCUUGGCUCAAUCCAAAGGUAUGAAAAAAACUGCCUAUAAGCAUCUCCAAAGCUAACUAAGAAACCUGUUAUAUCUUUCUUCUUUUAUCCAUACACAACUUAAAUUUAAAAUAAAUCUACUGGGAAGUGUCUGAUCAUUUGACCGUCAGCUUAGAAGCUAAAAAGCAGUUGUUAGUGUAUUAUUAAGCAUAUGAAGUCAUUACAUUAGUAAUGUGUCCCAUGUAUAAUGUUUUAAAGAGUAAUUCCCCUAAAUUUCAGCCUGUUCUUUUAUAAAAAGCUUAGGUAUCCUGGUUGUAAAUGAUACAGUCUGUAAUUUGCCGAUAGUGAAUAUGAACAUUAUAGUUUUCUUCUGCAUCUAAACUAUUUCUUAACUUUGUUUAAAAUCUUAGAUUGAGACUAUUGAUGCGCUAAAAGAGCAGUCAAAUGUAAGUUAUAUCUCUUCUGAUAUGGCCAUAAUAUAAUAUCCACCAGCACUAAUAGUACAAAAGAUGCACAUGUCUGUGUGGUAUUAAUCUUGCUGUGUCAGCACAUCCGCCGCAGACGGCUAAAACUUUUAAGACCAAAUAACUUCAACCAAUAGCUUUACUACUUUAAUGCAGGCGGCAGCUGUGGGAGCAACAACUAACUGUUUAUUAGGGACCAAAAAUCAUUACAGUUGUGUGUGUGUCUGUGUGUGUGUGUGUGUGCCACAGCUUGACACCAAGAGAUGUGUUUUGUGUCUCAAACAUUGUGUUUUACGGUUGACUCACUGUUUGUCGUAGAAAACAACAUAUUCUUUUGAUAUGCUGACGUUUUGUCAUGUGAUUGGUUACACAUGUAUGCUUUUACACUGAAAAGAUUUCAUUAGCGAUUAGAGAAGACUGGAGACACGAACAUGUGUCUUCAUGAACAGAGGCAUUCUUUUUGGUAUUGUAAUAUGUAACAUGUGUUUGUUAUGUAUUAAAAAAGAAGAAAAACUGA